AUGUACAAGAUCGCAGUACUCGUGGCUUGCAUCUGCGUUGCCGCCGCUCAGCGGGGUCUCGAAGAGAACUACGGCCCUCCGAUCCCGUACGCCUUCAACUACCUCUCCCAACUCGAAGAUGGUAGCCACUCCCACGAGCAGAGCGGAGACAGCAACGGCCGCGUCCAGGGCAAGUACACGCUGACCGACGCCGACGGUCGCACCAGGACCGUCACGUACUACGCCGACGAGACCGGCUUCCACGCCGACGUGGUCACCAACGAGCUGGGAACCGAGUCCAAGAACCCCGCCGACGUCACCAUCCAGUCGAGCGCUCCGACAGGAGCCGAGGCCGCCUUCGCCAACCCUGGUCCAGCGGCCGGGGGCUUCAGGGGCUAG